AUGUUCUCUCAAACCUUGACAUCCUCUCACCAAACGAAACAAGUCAACUCCGAGUUGGUUUCGAUGUCGAAGCCUUCUCCGAACAAACGUUUCCAUGUUUUUAAACAAAACCCUCGGCAACAUGUUUACGCUUGUGGAAAAGGCUUCUUUAUGAACUACUUGAACUACAAACAACAGAACCGAAAUUCCGUAACAUCCACACAAGAAAAGGACUGUCUCUAUGAAUUCACUCGUAUUGAAUUCAUGGAUUAUUUGUUAGAUGAUAUGGAUGAUCAAAUCAUUAAAUUCGAAAUGAAACAUGGUUCCGUUCUCAUCUUGACACAAUUCGGGAAAGUUUAUGGUGUGGGAAGAAAUCGAGGUUAUGUCUUGGGAUUACGCGAUUGCAAUCCAAAACCAGUGCCUGUGGAUCCAAACUGA